AUGCCGUUAAAUUGGUUGCGGAAGAAUUUUCCGGGAUGUAAAUUAGGAAGGACUUUGGCAACAAUAUGCACAUAUGGAAAUCAGAAAAUUGCACCCAAAGGACAAGUUACAUUAUGUUGUGAAGCAAAGGGGAAAUUCCACUUAUUAGACUUUCUGGUCGUUGAUGUGGCGGAAGAGAAGCCAGCAUUGUUGAGUGGUUGCGAUGCACAGAAGAUGGGGUAUUUGAAGAUUUAUGCUGACGAGGUUCAAGCAGUUGAUGUUGAAAGUGAAAGAAAAGGGAACGACCUUCCUCCGUUGGGGCAGCUAACCAAAGAAUCGAUUAUUACGCAUUAUGGGGAUGUUUUCAAGCCAGGAAGGGGAAAACCUCUCGGCGAUCCUUUGCAUAUCGAAGUUGAUCCAAGUGUUAAGCCAGUACAAAGCCCACGAAGAAGAAUCCCCGUAGCCAAAAUGGAAAGAGUAAAUAAGGAAUUGGAAAGAUUGUGUGAAGAAGACACGAUAGCUCAAGUAACGCAGCCCACAGAAUGGUUAUCUAAUAUGUUGGUGAGAGAAAAACCAGACGGGAGAAUCCGAAUUUGUAUAGAUCCAAGUCGGACUGUAAAUAAGGCAAUAAGAAGACCUGUCUACACUAUACCAACUAUUGAAGAAAAAUUGCCUUUUCUGACAAGUGCUAAAGUAUUCACAGUGGUGGAUGUUUCAGAGGCAUUUUAUAAUAUUGAAUUGGAUUACGAAUCGUCACUAUUAACAACUUUUCAGGGUCCAAACGGACGGUAUCGAUAUAAGCGAAUGCCUUUCGGCAUCUCAUCAGGUCCUGAGGAAUGUCAAAGAAGACAACAAGAAUUCCUUGAAGGGUUGGACGGUGUUAUAAAUAUAGCAGAUGAUAUAUGUGUUUUAGGACGGGGUGACACAAAGGAAGAAGCUAAUAUAGAUCAUGAUAAAAAUCUCAUCGCUUUGUUAGAUAAAUAUAAAGAACAAGAUCUUAGGUUGACCGUGAAAAAUGCAAUUCAAGUCCACUACAGACAGUAA